AUGUGGGAAGAAGACACUAGCGAAGAUGGCAAUGGAGAAGCUGGUGCUGGAAAGAACUUAGAUAUAAAACAACAUGACGUUGUUUUCAAUGAGCUUAUGCAGGAAUGUAAGCACAGUGCUCCUGGUGCACGUCUUUCAGCUCGCCUUCGUACGGCUCUUGAAAGGUCAAGGAACUUUGGUAUCGCUCGAGGCUCACGGGCGGUCGCUCGGCUGUGGUGUGGCAGGAUGCGGCCGGAGGAGCGGCGCGCCGUGUGCCGGCGCACGCGCGACGGGUGCGCGCCGCUGUUCGUGGCGUGCAAGCGCGGCAACGUGGAGAUCGUGGAGUACCUGGUCCACGUGUGCGCCGCCGAGCUGGAGCAGCGCGGCGUGUACGAGGUGCCCGACGACCGCUCCGUGCACACCGUCACGCCGCUCUGGUGCGCCGCCGUGGCGGGCCGCCUCGAGGUGCUGCGCGUGCUGGCCGAGGCGGGCGCGGAGCUGGACGCGGGCAGCGACAGCGGCUCGACGCCGGUGCGCAGCGCCUGCUUCAUGACGCACUACGAGGUGGUGCGCUUCCUGGUGGAGCGCGGCGCCGACAUCCACAAGCCCAACCACAACGGCGGCACCUGCCUCAUCAACUCUGUGCAGUCGGUGCGCCUCUGCACCUACCUGCUGGAGCACGGCGCCGAGGUGAACGCGUGCGACAUGCAGCACAAGACGGCGCUGCACUACGCGAUCCAGGAGCACCGCGUGGAGAGCGCGCGGCUGCUGCUGCAGCACGGCGCCGACCCGUGGCUGGCCUCGCGCGCGGGCGACGACGCGCUGCGCACCGCCUGCCUCAAGGGCGCCGCGCCCGUGGUGGCGCUGCUGGCGCGCCACGUGCGCUACUGCCCCGCGCGCCUGGCCGACGCGCACGAGCUGCUCGGCGCCACGCAGCUGGACGAGCUGAACGACGCGCCCGCCGCGCUGGCCUCGUGGCGGCGCGCCACCGCGCUGCGCCACGCCUACGGCGCCUACGUGGAGAAGGCGCCGCGCCGGCCGCCGCAGCGCGCGCUGGGCCUGGCCGCGGAGUGGCGCUCCGCCGCCGAGCUGGAGGCGCUGGCCGCCGACGUGGACGCGCUGCGCACGCAGGCGCUGCUCGUGGCCGAGCGCGUGCUCGGCCCAGACCACAAGGACACGCUCUUCCGCCUCAUGUACCGCGGCGCCGCCUACGCCGACGCCUUCCGCUACCAGCGCUGCAUCGACCUCUGGACCUGGGCGCUGCAGAUCCGCAUCGAGAAGGACUCGCUCCUCUACGCCGACACGUGCCACGCGGCGAGCGCGCUGACGCGGCUGCUGCUGGACGCGGCCAGCGGGCGGCUGGAGCGCGCGCUCGGCCUGCCGCGGUACGAGGACGUCUUCCGCGUCUUCGCGCUGCUCGCCGACCACCUGCCAGAGUGCAGGCGGGCGCUGUCCGCUCGGCCGGUGCACAAGAAGCAGGCGGAGACGUUCGACCGCGCGCUGCGCUGCGUGUCGCACCUGCUCUACCUGCUGCUGCAGGCGGAGGCGGAGGCGGAGGCGGAGGCGGGGGCGGGGGCGGGCGUGCAAGAGGAGCGGCGCUCGGAGCUGCGCGCGCGCGUGCGCCGGCUGGUGGCGGCCGACGUGCGCAGCGCGCACACGGGCGACUCGCUGCUGCACCUGGCCGUGUCGCAGCUCAACGUGAUCCGCUCCACGUACUUCGCGGACGAGGUGGCCGCGCCGCCGGUGUUCCCGUCGGUGGCGGUGGUGUCGCUGCUGCUGGAGUGCGGCGCCGACCCGUGCCAGCGCAACGAGGCGCGCUCGACGCCGCUGCACGUGGCCGCCAUCCCGUACAACUUCUCGACGGCGCUGGCGGAGCGGCUGCUGCGCGGCGGCGCGCACCUGGACCAGCCCAACAAGUUCGGCGACUCGGCCGCCGACCUGGUCGCGCUCAACCGCUCGUCGCGCGUCUGCCCGCUGCAGUAUCUCUCGCUGCGCUGCCUGGCCGCGCGCGCGCUGCUGGCCGCCCGCCCGCCGCCGCCGCAGGGCGCGCUGCCCGCCGAGCUGCUGCGCUUCCUCCGCCUGCACCAGCCC